GAAAUCCCUGAGAACCACGUGAUUUGUAACAGGUAUAAAUGAAUAAUACUCACCGUUGCUGCCAAUUUAUCUUAGGACUUUAGAGCUUUAACAAGUGGACAUUAUGUGGAUUUUGAUUUUGGCCUCCGCUUUGGCCCUUGCCUCAGCAAAACCCCACUUGAAUGUCCAAAAAGACAGCAGGAAUCUACCAUGUGGAACUCCCAGCGGAGUGCCUAAUGGGCUUUCCCAAUACAUCGUAGGCGGAUCUAUAUCUAAUACGGAUGCAUGGCCUUGGCAGAUCAGCCUGGAAUACAACGGUCGCCAUAUUUGCGGCGGUACUCUGAUCAGAAACGCUGCUGGGAACUUAGUUGUUGUCACAGCUGCCCACUGUGUGGAUGGAUCUCUCGGAAACGCAAAUAAUCUUAGAGUCAAGGUUGGAGAAAUGAGAUUGAGUCAGAAUGUUGGACAGCGCAUGGCAGUCGCCGAGGUGAGAAAACACAAAAGUUACAAUUCUGCAACCAUCAACAACGACAUUGCCAUUCUGACAUUUACCACACAACCAACAGAGGGCAGCAACGUCAUGCCAGCUUGUAUGCCAUCAAGGGACCACGGCGUCAACGAGUUGUCUUACGUCACUGGCUGGGGUACCACAUCUGAGGGUGGAUCUACCACAGACCGAUUGAUGGAGGUCUCCAAACCUAUCUUGUCAGACUCUGCAUGUAGUUCCUACCUCGGAACUUCCUACAAAAGUGCCACUAUGUUGUGCGCUGGUUUCGCCGAGGGUGGUGCCGAUGCUUGCCAGGGAGAUUCUGGCGGACCAUUGGUUGCUCAGAGAAACGGUAUUUGGGAAUUGGCUGGUGUGGUCAGCUGGGGAUACGGCUGUGCUCGCCCAGAGCUUCCCGGUGUAUAUGCCGAUACCUGGAACUUUGUUUCGUGGAUUCAAGCAAACUGGAGCUAAUAUACUUACUUUAUUUAUUUAACAAAAAGAGAAGAAAAAGGAAA